GUCCAAGCAAGGCCGUUUUAAACCUUCUAGAUAAAGCAAGCCUCAGUCUAGGUAAUCUAGAUAAAUAUCCUUCCCGUAGCGCCCUUUUGAAGUCUAUCCCCAAGCAACACGGGCCCCCCACCACUGCAAAGGUAUCUUUCCGACGAAACGAGAUAAAGUCUGCCCCAGAUCCAGAAUCCAUCUUGGACCAAGUUAUCCAUUGUCAUACCACCCCAGAAACCCCAACAUGAUUUUCGCGCGGUUACGGAUCACACAAGCGCCCUCAGCGGCGCCCUCGAUGGCGGCCGCGGACGAGGCUCUGCCCCCCUAUCCCCACUCCCAAUGUUCUCGCGUUACUGGCCGCCUCAGCGUUCUUGAGGACUCACUCCGCCAGCAAGCAUUCGACACCGUACAACUAUGUUUCCGCGGCAUCAUCGCAUCGUCCGUCGGCGGCAGGUCCGCAGUCGAAGACAUCAUCACCCUGACCGACAUCAAAACGGCGUCCGAUUUCCAAGCACCAGCUCAAACAUCAGCCAACGACUCGCAAAACGCCCACCAUGCUCCCUUCUACUUCGAACUACCCACCACCAUAUCCUCCAGUGGCAGCACCAAACUACGCGCUCUGCCACUGACCUCCAGAAUCUCAGGAACAACCCGACGUCCCUCGACCGGUGGUCUGAACGACACUCGCAGCAUCCGCGGCGAAUGCGACAUCUCAUACUGGAUCGAAGCCCAAUUCCAACAGGCCGGCAAACUAGUCGGCUUUCUCAGCGAGCCCGUCAAGAUCGUUCCGUCGCUCUACACGCCACGGCUGCGCGCAAGCCUAGCAAACACCAAAUCCCAACCUCUAACGCUACCUGCAAAACCGGACUUACUCUCACGAUGCAAGAUCGCCAAAACGCCCGCGCUCUCAGUAACGCUGUACGAGCCGGACAUGGCGAUUUCGACUGACCCGACGACAAACAAGCGAUCCAUUGCCCUCCCGCUAGCGAUCUCCAUAGACCACACAGCAUCAAUCGACGCAAGGCAGUCAGUCAAAUGCACCGCUGACAUCAAAUGGGAAGUGCACACUCGCUUCUCCCCAACGGCAAACAACGGCCGCAGAUCAAGCAUCAGCGAGACUGUGUACAAAUCGACAACAGCAUCCGUCUGCGAAUCCAGCAUUCUCUUCCGCCCGCUCCCACAGUACGAAAACACCCAACGUAAAAGCUACAUCGCAACAUCACAGCUCGACCUGGCCGUUCCGGACGCCGUCUCACAACCAACGCUCCAGUGGAGGCACUUGUCACGAACGUACACCCUCGACAUGACGCUCACUUUCCACGGGUUGCAAGGCGCGCCGAAGUAUACUCUGCACAGCAGUAUCCCACUCAAUAUUGCCGCUGCUGGGGGACGAAAUGCGGGUCCUGGACAGGACAUGGACAUGGAUGUUCUCAAGGACGAUAUCGUGAUUAGUAUUGCCGAGGCUGGGGCCGAGAGUGACACGGACGAAGAGUUGGAUCCACACCCACCGCCAUUCCCGGGCACGAACACGAUGCAAACGACAACGCAGAUUCAGCCUCAGACAGUUGUGGUAAGGCAACCGACGCCUCCACCGCCGUAUUUCCGAUGAUGCCUGAGGAAACGUCAACACAAUGCACAACGAGUGGUUGUUUGAGAACGCGAUGAUGCGACUUCCACAUGUUUGACAGCGACACGUACAUCCAGCUCAGGCCGGAUGCCAUCAUA